CCUCCUAUGCGUCGCCGACAAAGGUGUUCUGCCUGCAGCCAUUCAAGAAUCUAGGCUGCGGAGUGGCAGGUGGUUCAGACGACGAAGCUCAAAGCCACGUUAAUUCCGAACUACAGAAUAAAACGAGGCCAGCGGGCCUCCUCUAAAGUGAAUUGAAGGAUCGCGCCAGUGUGACUGGAGCGAGCGUCACAGGAGCCUGUUCCGGAGAGACUCUCGGUGAUGUUUCACCUCCUCGCAGCGGCAGUACUUAAACGCACCAGCGGUGUUCAGUGGAGCCGUGUGCUGCACUCCUCUGCGGUCGCCAAGAUGCCAAUUCAGGUGGGUGAUAGUCUUCCGGCAGUUGAGGUACAGGAGGGGGAGCCCAAAAACAAGGUGGCGAUGAACCAACUCUUCAAAGGGAAGAAGGGUGUUCUCUUUGCUGUGCCGGGAGCCUUUACUCCUGGCUGCUCCAAGACUCAUCUCCCAGGGUUUGUGCAGCUGGUCGAGGAUUUGAAGAGCAAAGGUGUCGAAGAGGUGGCCUGUAUUUCGGUCAAUGAUGCAUUUGUUAUGGCUGCCUGGGGCAGAGAGCAUGGUGCUGAGGGCAAAAUUCGAAUGCUCGCUGACCCAACUGGAGCUUUCACAAAGGCAGUAGACUUACUCCUUGACAGUGAGGAAAUUGCGGCUGUACUUGGAAACAAGAGAUCAAAAAGAUAUGUCAUGGUGGUGGAGGAUGGAGUGGUGAAGAACAUAGACGUGGAGCCUGAUGGCACAGGACUGACCUGCAGUCUUGCCUCCAGUAUUCUCACUAAGCUGUAAAGCCUCUCUCCUUCAUUAGCGUAGAUAAACUGUAGUCUACGAUGCACUGUUGGUCAGUUGAACCCGCCUCUUGCCUUUCUGGAACCAAAGUGGUGUUGAUGUUUGUGUACCCUACACAAUCCAGAGCUUUGUGAAUGUUCCCACCUGACAGUCACGCUCUAAAUGUUUGAAGGAAUAAAACUGAUCUAGUUACAAA